CCCGAGUCCCCGUGCGCUGCGCCCCCAAUUCCCACGCGCCCAGACACGCCGAGAGGGGAGAGGAAGCGACAGCCAGCAGCCGAGGCGGCCAGCGCAGGCAUGGCCACUCCCACUUCCAGUGGCGACGGCUCGCCCCCGGGCUCCUCUGACCUCGUGCCCCCCUCCUACCCCGAGAUGAUCGUCGCCGCCCUCGCCGCGCUCGCCGAGGAGAACGGCUCCAGCCAGGCCGCCAUCGCGCGCCGCAUCGAGGCGGAGGCCCGCGGCGACCUGCCGGCCUCGCACCCGGCGCUCGUCGCAGCCCACCUCUCGCGCAUGUCCGCCGCCGGGGAGCUCGUCGCCGUUGCGGGGGGAAAGUACGCGCUGCCGCCGCCGGUCCCACCGCCGCCGGAGUCACCGGCUGACGACGAAGAAGACGACUACGCCGACGACGAAGAGGAGGAGGAGGAGGCUCCGGAGCCGGAGCCUCUGCCGCAGCCGCCCGCUAAGCGCGGGCGCGGGAGGCCCCCGAAGCCGCGGCCCACGGGCUUCCCCGCCGGCGUGCCCGGAGCUGCUGGCCCGGGCCCCAUCGGCGUCCCCGGAGCCGCCGCCGCCGCCGCCGCGCCGCGCCGGCGCGGCCGCCCGCCCAAGCCUCGGGACCCGCACGCGCCGCCCAAGAUUCCGCGCCCGCGUGGCCGGCCGCGCAAGAACCCGCUCCCGGAGGGGAUGGCCCCGCGGCCGCGCCCCGGCGCACCAGCGUCGGCCAAGGCGGCGCGCCCGCAGUUCGCCGAGGUCGGCUUCGUCUGAUGCGGGGAGGUCUCGCCCGCCGGCCAGCCGGCCAGGGGGCGGCGGCGAGCUGGCGCAAGCUAACAUUUUGCCCCUGUGUUCCAGCUCUUGUCUGUUUGGUGUGGGUUUCGUCUCAGUUCGUGUGUUACUGUCUAAUCCCGGGGAGCGUGUAGGGGCAGGAGUCCGAGUGGAGGCAGCUUCGGCGGCGGUGGCCGGCGGUGUGUCAGUGGUUCGUAGUAUUUCUCUACCUUACGUUUGGGGGUGGUGGUGGCCGGAGUGGUGUUGCUCCGGCGCUGUAUUCUGUGUCUCCUUGUCGCGCUCGCGCAAUGCAAUGCAGUAGUCUGAUCGUUCCAUUU